AUGAAGGAAUACUUCCUCUGGAGAGCCGCAGUACCCAGAGCUGGCACGGGGGACAGCGGGGCUGAUUUCUUGUGGGGUGGCAGAGCCCCAAACCCCCUCAAGUCCCCAGAAGUGCCCAAAAUCCGGGCGGGAUGGGGCUCGGACCGGCAGCAGCCGCGGCUUGUGCGCGGGCAGGCGGCCAAGGCGGAGCGGCGGGAGAACAAAACCCCCUUUCCAUCUGCGAGGAGCCGUCAGAGCGAAUUUGGUGCCAAGUUGCUGAUUAAUUUUUUUGUUUGUUUGUUUUUCGGGAGCGAUUCCCGGCGCUGCUCCCGUGCCAAGGGCGCUGCUGGCUCAUCUGGCCUGAGCUCGCAGCUCUUCACCGACGGCAUCACCAACAAGCUGGUGGCGUGCUACCGGGACGAGGCCAUGGGGGACGCGCUGCUGGUGCGGGUGUACGGCCGCAGGACGGAGCUGCUGGUGGACAGGGAGACGGAGCUCAGGAAUUUCCAGGUGCUGCGAGCCCACGGCUGCGCCCCCGACCUGUACUGCGCCUUCCAGAACGGGCUGUGCUACCAGUUCCUGCCGGGAACGGCGCUGGGCCCCGAGCACGUGCGGGAUCCCCACAUCUUCAGGCUGGUGGCCCGGGAGAUGGCUCGAGUCCACGCCAUCCACGCCAACGGGAGCCUCCCCAGGCCCAUCCUGUGGCAGAAGCUGCACAAAUACCUCAGCCUGGUGAAGACAGAGCUCAGCCCAAAGGUAUCCAACCCCAGCCUCCCGCAGGACGUGCCCGGCCCCGCGGCGCUGCAGCAGGAGCUGGCCUGGAUGCAGGAGACGCUGUCGCAGCUGGGCUCGCCCGUGGUGCUGUGCCACAACGACCUCCUGUGCAAGAACAUCAUCUACGACAGCGCACGAGAGCGCGUGCGCUUCAUCGACUACGAGUACACGGGCUACAACUACCAGGCCUUCGACAUCGGCAACCACUUCAACGAGUUCGCGGGUGUGAAGGAGGUGGAUUAUGGCCUCUACCCCAGCAAGGAGAUGCAGCUGCAGUGGCUGCACUCCUACCUGCAGGCCUACAAGGAGCUCACCCAGGGGCACCCAGGGGACACCCAGGUGUCCGAGGAGGAGCUGGAAACUCUCUACGUGCAAGUGAACAAGUUCUCCUUGGCAUCCCAUUUCCUCUGGGCGUGCUGGGGCCUGAUCCAGGAUAAAUACUCGACCAUAGACUUUAAUUUCUUAAGAUAUGCAAAGCUAAGGUUUAAACAAUACUUCAAGAUGAAGCCGGUGGUGGCAGCCCUGCAGGUCCCCAAAUAGGCGCCACCCCGAGCUCUGCUGUCCUGGCCGUGCCCUCGCAGCCCCUCGCCCCUGGGGCCAAGAGGAGCCUGCCCCGGCCGGCACCGCUCCCAGGAGAGCCCGGACACCCCCGAGACUGGACCACGAGAUGCUGGAGAGGACCACGGCCCCGGCGAGGCCCCAGCCCAGGCGAGGGAGCCUCAGCGUCGCCUUAAAGCCGAGCCCCGCUCGGCGCCGGUGCCCGGCGGGUCCCCGCCCUGCCGGCACCGCCCCGCGGCCCCGGCGCUGUCCCCGAGGGGGGCACGGCGUCACCCCGUCUGCUCAGGAGCCCCCACGGCUGCCCCGUCACUUUGCUGUGCCCUCCGUCCCCUCCUGCCCCGCUGGGUGCCACCCCCGCAGCAGCACCGGGACCCUCUUCCGUCAGGGGUGGGAGUGCAGGGCAAGGGGCAGGGCACGGGAGCCUCGAGGGUCUGGCACCAGAGGGGCACUGGGUGUCCCCACAGCCGCCCCUGCGUGUCCCCACUGUCCCCCUCCCUGUCCCCACUGACCCCCUUAGCUUGGUGGCUUCACCCCCACACCCCCUGUGCUGCCUGAGCAGCUUCCCAGCUCUGCCUUCGCCCUCUGCCCCAGGGUCAGGGGGGGUCCAGGGGGGUCCGGGAAGGUCCAAAGGGGUCGGUCCUGCCUGUCCCCACCGCUGUCCUCCUCCCUUGGCCGUGUCCCCCCCACCCCGGGAGGAGCUGCCCCGCUCCAGGACCGGGCACAGCUUCACCCCCCAUGCGCUGCCGAGCCCCGUCCAGCUCAAUCAGAGCCCUGUGUCCCUGUCCUGGCUGUGGGGACAAGUGACAGUCCCUUGUCUGGGCACAGGGACCUCCCCCAGAGCCCUGUGUCCCUGUCCUGGCUGUGGGGACAAGUGACAGUCCCUUGUCUGGGCACAGGGACCUCCCCCAGAGCCCUGUGUCCCUGUCCUGGCUGUGGGGACAAGUGACAGUCCCUUGUCUGGGCACAGGGACCUCCCCCAGAGCCCUGUGUCCCUGUCCUGGCUGUGGGGACAAGUGACAGUCCCUUGUCUGGGCACAGGGACCUCCCCCAGCCAGACCCAGGGCUGCUGUUGGUGCAAAAUAAAAGCUGCUGGUAGCUGGAAUUUGGGGGUGGUGGAUCUGGGGGGGCUUGUGCUGGAGCAAGGGCAGCACCCCCGGGGUCUGGGGGUGCUCCUGUCCCUACUGUACCUGGAGAUGUCCCCACCCAACCCCAAUCUGGUGAAGCCCAGGCCCCGUUCUCUGCUCCAAAAAGUCACUUUUAUUGUGCCAAGGGACAGGGGGAGGAACGAUUGUAAACAGGGAUGUGAAAUAUACAGGUUAAGUUACUCAUUGUCUUAUUAACAAAAUAAAGCUCUAUCUAUAUUUACAAUCUUUAAAAAACAAAACAACAACCAAAAAAAAAAAAAA